UUCUUUUGUCAGUCUGUUAGUCUGUUAAUCAACUAAUAGCUUCAGCUCCUACUUUAUUUAUGGUCGGGUGGUUCAAUCUCUAACAAAAUAUUACAUUUUUAGAGUUGAAUAUAUUUCUUUGCUUGUUAAAAUAUAACAAAAUGUAAAACUUUAAGAUGAAUACAGGGGAGUAAAAGUACAGUGUUUUUAAUCGGAGGUGUGUUCAGGGGCAUUAAGAUAAAGUGGGUCGUGCGGCGCCAUCUUGAGGCUGUCCUGCAUCUCUCACUUGUAAACAUUCUUCCUUCAGCCAUCACAGCAGUUUGCAGAUCCCAGAAAGGAAAUGAGUAGUCCGGUGUGCUGAUUUAUAUGCUAUUUCCGUACGAGUCCCGAUGGAAAGUUGCAUCAGUCGCUUUUAUCGGCCACAUCUUCCUGUCCAAAGUUAUCGUCAGAGCGACAACCUUCAGACUUAAUUAUUGCUUUAUAGUGUCGGCGAACAUCACAGGCUACCUUCACAUUUAUGCUGCGGCCCUGCGUCGACACGUUCACCGUCCGGUUGAUCGAGACUCCGCUGGAUUAAACUUUUCUGCAGCGACGAACGAGCUGAAGAUGAACCCGAGCAGCGCGACCCGGAGCGGGAAGACCUUCCUGUUCACAUCCGAGUCAGUGGGAGAAGGACACUCGGAUAAAAUGUGUGAUCAGAUCAGUGACGCUGUACUUGAUGCAUACCUGAGAAAAGACCCCGACUCUAAAGUGGCCUGUGAGUGUGUAGCGAAGACGGGGAUGAUUUUACUGGUGGGAGAAGUGACAUCUAAAGCCACUGUGGACCUCCAGACAGUGGUACGAGAUACUGUGAAGAAGAUCGGCUAUGACGACUCUUCAAAAGGUUUUGACUACAAGACCUGCAACGUGCUGGUGGCUCUGGAGCCGCAGUGUGUGGAGAUAUCGGACUGUGUGUUUGAAGGCCGGGACCAGGAGGACAUCGGUGCUGGGGACCAGGGUUUGAUGUUCGGCUACGCCACAGAUGAGACUGAGGAGUGUAUGCCUUUAACUCUCCUGCUGGCUCAUAAACUCAACUACAGGAUGAAGGAGCUGUCACGCAGUGGAGAGUGUCCCUGGAUCCAACCGGACUCCAAAUCACAGGUCACAGUGGAGUAUCGAGACAACAUGGGAGCCAUGGAACCGCUGCGUGUCCACACUGUGGUCAUCUCAGUUCAGCACAGCCCUAACAUCACCCUGGAGGAGAUCAGACGCAACCUGAUGGAGAAGGUGGUGAAGGUCGUCAUUCCUGCCAAGUACCUGGAUGAUAAAACCAUCUACCAUCUGCUGCCAAGUGGGAAAUUCCUCAUAGGAGGCCCACAGGGUGAUGCAGGACUGACAGGACGUAAAAUCAUAGUGGACACCUAUGGAGGAUGGGGCGGGCACGGAGGAGGGGCUUUCUCUGGAAAGGAUUACUCCAAAGUGGAUCGGUCUGGAGCUUAUGCAGCACGCUGGGUCGCCAAGUCUCUGGUCAAAGCUGGACUGUGCAGGAGAGCCCUGGUUCAGAUCUCCUAUGCCAUCAGUGUGAGCCACCCGCUCUCCAUCGCAGUGUUUCACUACGGCACGUCCAACAGGGAUGAAGACGAGCUGCUGCAGAUAGUAAAGAAGAACUUUGACCUGAGGCCUGGAGUCAUUGUGAAGGAGCUGGGUUUAAAACAGCCCAUUUACCAGGCCACUGCCUGCUACGGCCACUUCGGCAGAGCAGAGUUCCCCUGGGAGAAACCAAAGCCUCUAGUGUUUUAAGUUUGGGAUUAAACACGUUCCAUUUAUGUCCAGAUGCAGCUGUGUAAACAAAAAGGUGCUGUCAUCUGUUCAUUUCUGACCGUAAAUUGUAAAGGCAGCGGUCAGUGCCUUUUGAAUAAUGAACUUAGAUAUAUUUUUAAAUAAUUAUAAAACAUUAUGUGCUGUUGUUUGAGAAACUAUAAUUACUGUUCAAAAAUGAUUUCUUGAAAUAAUUGUGAUUUCUAUUCACGUUAAAUUAAAAAAAAAAAAAAAUUCUGUAUUUUUUUUACUUGGUGAUUAAAAAUCUGCAUUAAAAAAA